GGGGCGGGGUGGGAGGCGGAGUUUGCUGCCUGCGCAGGCGCGGACCGGCUUUGUGACGUCAGGCCGCACGGCCGGGCCGGGAAUCCAGGUGGUAGCUCGCGGAGGCGCCUCGGGAGAGUGACGCGCAGACUCAGCUCCCCCGCGGCCCGCCCUCCUGCCGGCCUCGCCGCGGUCUCCUUCGCUCCCUGAGAUCGCUGAGCGCUGAGCAGCGGCCCGGGGGAGGAGGCCCUGGGCGACAGGGCGCGGAGAGGGAGGGCGGGCGGGCGGGCAGUGGGAGCGCCGCGGAUCUCUAUAUGGCGACGGCUCUGUCGGGUCUGGCUGUCCGGCUGUCGCGCUCGGCCGCCGCCCGCUCCUAUGGGGUCUUCUGCAAGGGGCUGACCCGUACGCUGCUCAUCUUCUUUGACUUGGCUUGGCGGCUGCGCAUCAACUUUCCCUACCUCUACAUCGUAGCUUCCAUGAUGCUCAACGUGCGCCUGCAGGUUCAUAUUGAGAUCCACUGAAGGCCAUCCUUGACCGAUAGGCAUCACCCCGGACUCGCUGCACCAGAGGGCGCAAAGCAUGAGGGCUGGGAGAGGGACCCUGGGUGUUUGCCUGGCCAGUGUGAAGCAGUCACAAGGAGGUGACCUGGACAAACUAGCAUGUGGCCUUAAGAGAAGAAGUGAGAAGAGGAACCCUAGCCCCUCAGAUGUGCCUUCUUGGACAGACCAGCCUGUAGCAGACACCCAUGGAAAGUCACGGGCCAUGGCGGCAGCGUCCUCGGAAAUGAAGCGUGAUCAGAGCAAGGCCAGCCUCAUACUUCACAGCGGCUUCAAAGCGCUUCAGUAUCUGAAGGAGUCAAUGGGGAGAAAUUCAACUCCAGCAGCCUCCCUAAGCAUGGCUGUGGUUCUGUCCUCUGCUCCUUCAGAAGAACAUGGAGCUGGGGUGUCCGGUGGCAUCGGGGAUACACUAGGAAGUGACUGGCCAGCAAGAGAGCCCAGAACCACCGAUAGCUGUGGACAGUACCUCAAAGGAGAGGCCUGGGUGUCAGGAUGGCAAGGCCAUCCAAAAGUGAGGGAAGUGGGAUUCCUAAGAGGUGAACCCCUAAGUGCUGUCCCCAAGGGGCUAGGCACCAGAUCAGAACUGUCUUACUGCUCUGAGCUGUGCCAGCUGCCAUACACUUACCCCUAUUAUGAAGCUCUCCCAGAGGACAAGACGAGAUGUGUGUCCCUUGACCACUUAAGUCCCGUGUUUUCAGAGGAAACAGUAGAAGAUGAGAAAACUCUCUCAAGUACGUCAGAUGGUCUGCAGAUAGUCAUGGGGUUACUGGCUCUGCAAUCUUCCAGAUUAACAAGUCUCUGAUGCCAUAGUUCAGGUACAAGCAGAACAAUAAAAAUAGCAAAUUAAUUUUAAA